AUGGCUGAAGUUAAUGGAGAUGCCUUUGGUUUCCGUUGUAUUUUCAAAGUAGUGAAGUCUUGGUCAGCUGUCCUGUAUUCCAUCGAGCUACAGAUGUCUUCGUAUUACUUUGUUAUUAUAGGUACACAGGACAAUCCCCUAUACGAAGCUGAGUUUUCAUCCUUCAAAAAUGCCCCACCACCAACAACAUCAUCGUCGUCUUCAGCUACACCAGCGUCUACUGCCUCAGUAAUUCCAGGGACUUCACAACAACAACUCCCUGGAAAAUCUCAAUUCACAGCUUCAACUAAGGAAUUGCUACCGUUCAUUGCAAAUGCUAGUCUUGACAUUAUCGAAGAGCAAAUGUGGUCCACACAAGCCUUGAAUUUGGGCAAAAUUGAUCAAUUUUAUGGCAUAAACAUCAGUGCUUAUGUAACUCAAGGAAGUAUCAAAUUUGUGCUUUGUUAUGACUCAAAUAAGGAUGAUAAUAGUAUACGACAAUUUUUUCAAGAUGUUAAUGAACUUUAUGUAAAGGUCUUGUUGAGUCCAUUUUACAAUGUGAAUGGCGCUAUAAUAGCUCCAGAAUUUGAUUACAAGGUGAAGCUACUAGCUAAAAAGUAUUUAUAA